AUGCGGGCUGUGGUGCAACGGGUCUCGAAGGCCCGGGUCGACGUGGAUGGCGAAACAGUGGGUGCCGUCGAGCAGGGCCUGCUGGUACUCUUGGGCGUGCAAACGCCGGAUACGGAGCGGGAUGCUGAUUAUCUGGCAGCGAAGAUCGUCACGCUGCGGAUUUUCAACGACGCGCAGGGCAAGAUGAACCGCGACGUGCAGGACGUUCAGGGCGGCGUGCUGGUCGUGUCGCAGUUCACCUUGUACGGCGACACCCGCAAAGGGCGCCGCCCGUCGUUCGUUCAGGCGGCACCACCGGAACAGGCCGAACAUCUUUACGAAUACUUCCUCGAAGCCACCGCCCGGCACGGCGUGCCCGUCGCGCACGGCGUUUUUGGCGCCCACAUGCAGGUGCACUUGGUCAACGAUGGACCGGUGACACUGCUCCUCGACAGCCCUGGUAGCGGCUGA